AUGUAUUUGGUCUGCAAUUUUUUGCUUAUAUUAGCUUACUAUCGGUUUAGUUGUUUUGCUAUACAAGCGUAUUUCGCUAUAGCAAAAGAUUCUUAUUUUGUACCAAAUAAGAGUUAUGGCAUAGUUCUGGGUGAAUAUAAUUUAUGUACAAGUCCGACACGAUGCGCACUUUUAUGCUUGAAUACAAUUGAUUGUCAAACAAUUACGUGUAAUUUUUAUACGAAAUUAUGUUCUACAAGCACCACGACAAUUGGAAAUACGUAUAUGUCAGCUGGCAGCAUAACCUUUGUGAUGGUACUUGGAAUAGUAUCAUCGUUUAUAACAACAACAAGCCCAAGCAUAGAUGCGAGUAGUAUAGUAGAUAGAUCAACAACGAUACUAGACUCGUUGGAAAUUUCCACUAGUUUUCGUACAACAAGUAUUGAUUCCAGCGAAACUCAAGAUUUCUCGGCAAGUGACACUUCCAUACUCACAAAUUUCUCGGCAAGUGACACUUCCAUACUCACAAGUGAUACAAGUACAGCUGCUGAGAUAACUAGCACUAGUGGUUCAACAACAACAAGUAUUGAUUCCAGCGAAACUCAAGAUUUCUCGGCAAGUGACACUUCCAUACUCACAAGUGAUACAAGUACAGCUGCUGAGAUAACUAGCACUAGUGGUUCAACAACAACAAGUAUUGAUUCCAGUGAAACUCAAGAUUUCUCGGCAAGUGACACUUCCAUACUCACGAGUGAUACAAGUACAGCUGCUGAGAUAACUAGCACUGGUGGUUCAACAACAAAAGAUCUUUUAACAGGUGAAAUAACUACCGCUGAGAAUUUUCUUAGAAAAUAUGAUGAUGUAGCAACAACAGCAUCUUCAUCAUUAUCUGCGCCUGCAUUCUAUCUUGACACAAACUUCCCCAUCACUUAUACUGAUUACACAUUUGUAUAUCGAGCGGAUACGUCGUCAACGACAAUUGCGUUUGAAUUCGGUGGCGCUGGAAAUGGUUCAUGUUAUUUAGAUGAUGUUCAUGCUAUAGAUGCUUUUGAAGAUGACUAUAUCGAUAACCCGAGGUUUGAUAUCACAUCUGGAUGGAUUGUAAGUGGUAGCGGUGCCAUUGAACAGAAUACAUAUCCACACACACUUAGUGGCUGCUAUAACGGCGCAUCUCAAUCAGAUCUUCGUCAAAUAAUACCAACAUCACCACCACAAACUUUUAAUGUUUCUUUCUAUUUAGCAUGUCCAUAUUCAAUUCAAUUACCUUUUUUUUUCAAAGUUACAAUGGGUCCUACAUAA